GCCUCCCGCCGGCCCCGUGACAUCACGCGCGGGGCUCGGCGUUUCUCCGUGUCCGCCUGGUUCCCGCGGGGAUCGCCGAAUAAUCGCUGUCACGCACCCGCCCCGCCGGGCGGAAAGGUGCUCGCUCACUGUUCUGAUGGCUCUGCCACCUCCGGAUCCAAAGUUUGUGCUCAGAGGUACCAGUGCUCCAGUCCACACUCUGCAUUUUUCCUGUGGAGGCCCAGAACCUGAUAUCCCCCUUCUUUUCUCUGGGUCUGAGAAUGGGUUUAUCCAUGUCUGGAACCUGAAAACACACAGAGUCGACGCAGCAUUGGAUGGCCAUGGAAGAAAAUCUGUCUACUGUGUGGAGACAAUGGGUGGUAAAGACAGGCUUCUCAGUCAGGGACGCGACCAGAGGAUCUGCUUGUGGGAUUUAGCAGAGGGACGGACUUCUGUGACGGAUUCUGUCUUCACGGAGCAUGUGGGAUUCUGCAGAUGCUCUCUAUUAAAGGUGGCACAGGGACGCUGGCUAAUGGCCAUGGCAGCCAGAAGCCUGGAGGAGGUUCAGAUUUUGGAGCUGCCAUCCAAGACGUCAGUCUGUACCUUGAAGCCAGAGGUGGGUGCCAAGCUGGGCAUGCCCAUGUGUCUGAAGUUAUGGCAGCUCAGCUGUGGUUCACAACCUGUGCUUCUGGCUGGCUAUGAAGAUGGAUCAGUUGUCCUCUGGAAUGUGUCAAUGGGAAAAGCGUUGAGCCAACUCAGUUGCCACCAGGAGCCAGUGAUGAGCCUUGACUUUGACUCAGAGAAGGCCAAGGGGAUCUCGGGCUCGUCUGAAAAGGUGCUUAGCAUCUGGAGCCUCAAUGAGCAACAGAACCUCCAGGUUUACAAAACACACGAACUUGUCAAUGCUGGCAUAUCUGAUAUCACCAUCCGUCCAGACAAGAAGAUUUUGGCGACAGCCGGGUGGGAUCAUCGCAUCAGGAUCUUCGGCUGGAAAAAGCUGAAGCCCUUAGCAGUGCUGGACUAUCACACAGCAACUGUCCACUGCGUGUCCUUCUCAGAUCACAGCAGCCCCCGGGACAGACUGCUGGCAGCUGGCUCCAAAGAUCAGCGCAUCAGUGUCUGGUCCAUAUAUGCUCAGAUGUGACCCAUCCUGCACUCCAUGGACUAGGAAAACAGGACUGCUGAAGCAAUUCCUAGCACUGGAAUUCAAACGUGCAUGUGGGGAAAUGGUAGAAUCUGUCUCCAGGCUGAAGUGAGAGUCCUAGGUUAAUUCUUAUGCUGCUUGUUUAAGCUAUAAGUUUUGUCUUCCAUAAAGGCAAGUGGAUUUUUUAAAUUCAUAACAAGCAGAACAAGGCCAGUAACAAACAAAGACCAAAGUUGCUUUGGGUUCUGCUACAAGUUUUGCAACACCUUUUCUUUGGCAGGUUGCUGACAUAACUUGUGCCAAUAUCUUCUGUAAAAAAGGACUGGAAUCCCUCAAACUGCAGUGGGGGCAGAAUAUGUCUGUUUGUAAGUCAUUUAUGUAUCCAAGAAUCUAAAUCAGUGUAAAACAUCACUCUUUCUUGAAAAUUUAUACCCAUUAAACCACCUCCAGUGGUUUCUCAUUGUCAGUUACUUUUUCUUCCUGGUAACUGAAAGGCUGUAAGAACACCCUUGAUUUGUUCACACUUCUGUCAGUUUCUAACUUAAACCAACAGCCAGGAAUGUGACUAGGGAUGGCCUUCGGCAUUUAUGAAUUUCAUUAUGCCUCCUGUCACCUCAAGCCUCACAAUUAAUCACAAGAAAGAAAGGGAAAAAAUCUUCCCCAGCAUUGCACUGCAAAGCUAUGAAAAGCCUUUUACAGAGCCAGUGCUAAAUCCUUUCCAUAGACUGAUGAGCUGAAGGAUUUAAACUCGGCAAUCCAAUUAGCGCCCUUCUCCUUGGAGAGUUAGGGCUAAGUUUCAGCAUGGCAAGUCUGGGAUUCAGCUGUACAACUCCCAUUAACAUUUAGGGGAAUCACAUGGUUAAAUCCUUAUCCACACUGUGCAAAUGGUUCCAUUAACUUGUCAUCUCUACAGUCAUGGAAGCUGAAAUUCAUUCAUGAAAGUUUUUUUGUUUGACUCACGAAGCAGAAUUUGCAUUCUUCUAAAGCAUAUUAGACACACACCAGUGUGCUGAGAGCCAGGGUACUGCUGGACUUGGUCACAAAGCUCCAGUGACAACUGUGUCUAGGCUGUGCACUGUUGAUACUUUAUUGGAAAUAAUUGAUUCUGCUUUGUAGAGAGGUGGAAAUCAAAGAAAAAGUGACCAAAAGUGAAUAGCAACAUCAAAGACUUUAGAAAUUAUUUCAGGAAAAUCACACAUGCAAAUUAAGGUCUGGGUCUGUUAUCCAGCUGUGCCUUGCAGACAGAAUAUUGCUGGACUGAAAGCCUUGAGCACCCAGCCUGAUGUUCUUUACAUUAAAACACAGAACCAGGAUACUGUUGCCAGGCUUUUCUAAAUAAAACGUGGCCUUACACAUUUUAGAGUGUGGUGACACUUUAAAUAAUGCAUUUCUUUGAUUAUUUCUUUACUACUCAGUAGCUGAAUGGAGGAUCACAUUGCAGUUGAAAGCUAAAGCCUAAUUUUGAGUGAUCCUGAGUCAAGGGGAGGUGAUGGUGUUCAUUACAUCUACCAGACAGAGUUGCACAUCUCCACCCAUCAUCCACCUCCCGCACAGAAGGAGGAGCUGUCCCCCCUGUACAAGCAGCUCCAUCCUCAGCCUUGUGGAAUGAGAUGCAGUCACUCUCCACAAACCUGCUGCUGAAAGAAACCUUGUAUUUUGUUCUUUUCCACAUAUCUCAAAGUAGGUCAGAAUUGGCACAAAGAAGCAAUGAAAUAAAUAAAUGGAAAAAGUGUUGUUGCACGUGGUUGAGGGGCCUGUCCUAGGGAGUUUGCACAGAGAUUUCCUUUUGCCUGUGCUGUCUAGUACAACACAACACACAUGGCCCAGAGGGUGCCAGCAUUCCUUCUCCAUGGCAGCAAACAGCAGCCUCCACUGCUGGGCAGUUUCCACAGAACUGAGCCAUAGGUUUAAUACUCAUCCAGCAGGAAAGGAAAUCCAGGGUCCACCCAUAUUGGGCAAAUGCUUAUUGUAGGAAACAAUUUUUGAUGCAAAUACUCUGGCAUUUGCACAGCAGAACCCCGCUGGAAAGAAGGAUUAAUAAUACCCCAUGCCUUAUUAAAAAACACUAUUAGAUCAGAGCCUGAAAGUUAGGAAUUCUUGAGUAUAUUUUCUCUGCAAAUUGCCAUUUACUGUCAACAUCUGUGUCUAAAGUAAUUAGGAAGACUCAUAAGCAAUGUUUAGAUUUAUAAAUGGGUCUUUUGGAAGAUACUCUAAAGAUUACUGGGUACAUACAUCUACCUUACUGCCUUUUGCUGGGAGUUAAAUAUUUAUGUUUGUCUGAUUAGGUAGAUUUAAAAAAAUGAGGACAUGAACUGCAUCUCAAGACACACAGCUGAGAGUUUCAUCAGCUUCAGGAGGAAGGACACCGGUUGCAGGGCUGCUUGCAGGAGCAGGGCCAUCCUUUACUUCCCAUUACCAAAACACUAUCCAUGCCAUACUUUUUCAAAAUAUAAUUAAUUAAUUAACUUUAUAUCAUUACUGAUUUUAUUUAAACAGUAAACAGAAUUUUCUUUCACAUUAUAGUUUCCUUGAAAUGAGCAACAAGACUACACUAAUUUGACUUAGAGUUGAGCCUAAAUGCCACAGUUUGAUUGUGAAUUACAGUCUUCUAACAGUUUAUUUGGCUAAGGAACCAACCUGGACUUCCCCAAAGAAGAAUGGUUUCCAACAGGAAAGACAGUCUGUAUUAGUAUAGGCUGUAAAACGUAAUUGCCUGAUUAUUACUGUAAAAUACAGAUUCUGAUUGCAUCUAAGAAAUUAACAUUUUUAAAUUUAAAAAAAUUUAAAUGUACAAUUGUACCAUGAGCACAGUUGUCAUUCAAGAUUUCCACUGACUUGCUAGCAGAAGCGAAGAGCCACCUUAAGAUGCUGGAGUUAGCUCUGAAACCUUACCUGCCAAAAAGGAACAGGGCUAGCCUGUACCUGGCCUGGAGGAUUCAGGAGUGAAGGUGAUGACAGCUAAAUUAUUACCAAAGGCUUCCUCCCAGGAAUCACCGUCUUUGGCACCCUGAGAGGGGAGAAAGCAGCCGACAUUAGUAAAGUAAUAGAAAUAAAUCCCAAACACCAGCAUUUGUGCAGCAAUUACAUGGAAUAUUUAUCACCACUGGAAUGAAUGGUGAUCUCUGACCCUCUAACAUUAUUUGCAAAUUAAUCCAUUACUUACAACUCCUUUCUCUUAUCAGUACAUGAGCCAUACAACACUGCAGUCCUUAGUGUAGAUGAGCAAGGAAAGAGGAGGUUAAUUGUGUUUGUAGUAAUGAGUGAAAAAGGAAGUAAGCUGGGGGCAUGCAAUGAGGCAGUUGUUAAAUUUAGUCCUUUAGAAUGCAAUUGCUACAGCAAGCCAGAAAAUUACUCUGCAGCUUGACUUGGACUCUUGCAAAGGUUUGAGUUUAAAAGAGCAGAUUUUUAUAGUUAAGCCAAUACUGGCUUCUAGACUGCUUUUGUUUUUAGCAUAUUUAGGAUGCAUCUACAAAGCCAACUUGCAAAUUAAUAAAUCUUUCCUUUAAUUCAGUGUGCCAAGAACAAAGAUAGAACACUGACUACUGCAGGAGCCAUGUUAGUGAUGUAAACCAAAGGACUGGGGAUUAAACAAGGAUUACUGAGUGCUAAAUCAAUGUGUUUCCUUUUCUGGCUGUGUGUCUGUGGUGUGAAAGUGUGGAUCCUUACAUAAAACACGGCACAUGAUUGCCUGGAUUAAUACUAGACAAUGUUACAGCAGUGCUGCGGCACAAAGUUUGAUGUUUAAGCAUGACCAUUGUGCUACCAGGAAAGUGACAGCCAUGGCUAAGGAAAAAGGCAGCAGGGUUUCUGCUAAAGCGUAAUAAUCUGAAAUUCCAGCCUGGGUCCCCCACUGUAGCUUUUCCAAGUAAACUUGGCUGUGUUUGUCUAUGUCCUACUUUUCUGGGGCAUGCUGGAGGUUUCUUUUAUAAUGUGAAUUAAGAUCAUAGGGGGAGUUGGCAAUUCAUGGCAAGGACCUCAGAGUAUCAAAUAAAAUUAAAAUACAAUCUCUCCUCAGUUGGGAAAGUUUUGCUCACCUGAUUAGUGAUCUGAACUACAGCUGUACUUCCAAUCAGCAGUGCUGUGUACUGCUUUAUUCUGACCUCAGAGGAAUUUGACUUGCAGUUUGGCUGGUAAGAAGAGGAGAAAGAAGAAGGGCGGGGGUAAAAUAAAACAAAGGAGCAACUUGUCCCUCUGAGUUAGGUGAUAGGAAGACUGUGGAAGGUAUGAAGAGCCUUGGAGCAAACCACCAGCCAGAUUCUCCAUGGGAGGGGGACAAGGAUGGCAGGAAGAGGACCUGGUGGAACCAUACAGUGAUAGGUCUGGCCUCUAAAACUCAUACAUCAACUUACUUUUGUAUCAGACAUAUUUGCUUUUACUUCCCCAGCAUCCUUUAUUAAAGGUGUCAGUACUCUCAGAAAUCCUGUAGACCACAAUCUACACCUCUAAAUAAGCGUGUGCUCACCCAGAGGAGAAAAAUGUAUUUAUUUCUGUUUCUGAAGGGUCAUAAAGCCAGAAGCUGCAGUGCCACAGGGGAUAGCAGCAGGAAGGACUGAGGUCCUGAAGCAGUCAUGUGCCCUGCAGGAGAACCACUCUGGAGUAUUAAUUAUGUCCUCACAGGAGAGUGACGUGGCAGUGAAAAAAUCUUAAUUCUAAUAAUUCUCAGUUACAAUUUCUAAUUAUUAAAAAAAAUAAAAGGGAAUUUUAAAAGCUGUUAAAUUUCCUUGAGAUUACAGCUAGAUGCUGUUUUCUUCUAGUUUUUAUUCUCAGUAUAUAUACACUAGGGCAGCAAAACACGAUAGAAAUCCUCAGAUGCUUUCUGGACAGCAAUGAUCUCUCUUUCCUACCAGUGGCAGGACUGAUUGAGCCUGAUUAUGUCCAGAUCAGGAAAUCUAGCCAGGAUGUUCAAAUGACGAGCCAUUAUUCUGCUCAAUAGCUCUGGCACCUCACACAUGCAAAAAUACAUUUUUCAGGCCCCCAUGGCACUGCUUGCUAUAAACAUGUUCUGACACAGGCAAGAAGGCAGUGGGUGCACUGGGUCUACGGAAUAACUUUUAACAUGACAGAGAAUGUCUGUGUCAUUUGUCCUGAUGGUAACUUUAAAAAUAGCUGAUACGAAAUCUCAGUGAUUUGUGGAUGCAUUGUUUGUGUUCAUGGAAAAGUAUCUAGGCUGCUCUUAACACUUAGAGUAAGUAUUGUCUGUUCAGAUUUUUUUGCCUCAGAUAUUUUGAUGGCGUGCAGACUUGGCAUCCUGCUAAAUAGAGACAUUGAGUCUUUAUAGUUUUAUCUCUUGAGCCCAUCUGGUUUGAAGUAGUUGACAACAAGCAGGAAAGCAAGAAAUGUGCAAGGCAGUGCCUCAAGUAGAACCAGCCUGAAGGGCCUGCCUCUCCCCUUUCCAGAUGAUGGCUUUGCCUGCAAUCCCUCCACUCUCAUGCUGGCUCUUCUGCUCACGGUUGGGGCUCACAGCCAGGCAAAGGUCAGGCUGAAGCAGCCAAGCUGGAGCACUGAGAGAAGGAGAACUGUUACCCCCUGGAACAAGGAACAAUGGGAGCACAAAGCAAGUGGAGUAGAAUGCAAAUGCUAAGACCCUGCCCAUCAUCCAGGCUAAAACCAGUGACAAAAGCAAUAGUGCUAACACCUCACACUAAGGUGCUUCUGUAAAUUUUUCAUGUUGUUUAUUCCAUUUUUCACUUCUUUUUUUUUUUUUUUUUAAUUUAAAGCCCAAGGACAUCAGUGUGAGUCCCUGGGCACCUGUGCAAUCACUCCUGUGAAGGCAGGCACCGAGCACAGCAGUGGCACCUGAGGUGUCCUGGAGUGUCAGGGAGGAGUACACUGCAGGAAAACAUUUCCUUUCCUUCUCCAUCUCCCA